CGUUCAUAUAGCUUCCCAUAUUGUCGAAGAGUUAGAUAACAUAAUACUAGCGUGGCUUGACCCUUUUCGACUGUUUAUAAUACCACAUUAUCUGUUUUACGGAUUAAACUGCAUACAUUCAAGAUUCAUCAACCAUGUUUGAGAUCCUCCCGACGGACGCCCCUUCCGUCUCGACGUCCCUGUUCGCCACUCUUGCGGCCCUGUGUCUCUGGCAGCUGUGGUCGUGGUUCAGGCGCUACCGGAAGUGGGUAGCGCCCUACAAACUCCUGCCCAUGGACACUGACACACACUGGUUUUUUGGACAUAUGCACAAGCAUCCAGGUCCAAGCGAAAAGGGUAUCGCUUUCCAGCUGAGUUUCACGCGCCCAUUUCCGGUUCUGCACGUGCUCUGGUUCGGCUGGAUUCGACCAAUCAUAAUCGUCCAUCAUUCAGACAGUAUCCGACCAGUGCUAAAGGCUUCAGCGCAAAUAGCCAUUAAGCCCCGCGGUCCGGGUACCGCCUACAUGCUCGGUAUCAAAUGGCUCGGGGAGGGGCUGCUGAUUUCCAACGGAAAUAGAUGGGCGCGUAACCGCCGCCUCCUGACGCCCGCCUUCCACUUUGACAUGCUGCGCUCCUACCUCGGAAUCCAGAACGCGUGUACAGACGUUCUGCUGGGUAAACUGGACGAACUUGCCGAAGGACAAACGUCUUUUGAGGCUUUCCGGCACCUUGGUUUGUGCUCCCUUGACAUCAUAAACCAGAGUGUCUUCUCCUAUUGCACAGACUGUCAGCUGCAAGGAGAGAACAACCCAUACGUGCAUGCAGUCCAACGCCUCUCUGACCUUUGGAUCAAACGGUCCUUGCGUGUCCAUGAGUCGUUCGAUUUUGUUUACUUUAACUUCACAAAGGAGGGUCGAGAAUUUCAGCGCCUAUGCGACUAUGUCCACUCUGUGUCCAGCAAUAUCAUUGACCAGCGGAAACAGAAACUAGCUUCGGAGGGUAAUGAAGAUGAAGAAACCUCAGGUCUUGAUUUUCUGGACAUCAUCUUGAAAGCGAAGGAUGAUGACGGACGUGGGCUGACUCCUCUUGAGGUCAGGGACGAGGUGGACACAUUCCUGUUUGAAGGUCACGAUACAACGGCGUCUGCAAUGAGUUUCCUGAUGUACGCGCUAGCCGCACACCCGGACGAACAAGCCCGCUGCCGUCAGGAGAUUGACGAUAUAUUGGAGGGGAGGGAUUCUGAUAUAUUGCAAUAUCAGGAUCUUGCGCGACUGGAUUACUUGAGUACAUGUAUAAAGGAGGCCCUUCGGCUCUACUGUCCCGUGUUCUUCAUUCAACGUCAGAUGACUGAGGCCAUAAACAUAGAGGGAUUUACCAUUCCAGAAGGCUCGCAUGUAGCUAUCGACAUCUACAACAUCCAUCACAAUGCGUCUAUGUGGGGUGAGGAUUAUGACAACUUCCGACCCAGUCGCUUCGAGGGGGACGCUGCCAGAGAUAUGGACCCCUUCGCCUUCGUGCCCUUCAGCGCCGGACCCAGGAACUGUAUUGGUCAAAACUUUGCCAUGAACGAGAUGAAGGUCGUGAUAUCGAGACUCUUACACCGGUACGUUCUCUUGUUAUGUUUGGAUUUGAGUUUUCCUUGAAACCUGGUCACGUGAUGCGGAAGAAGCUGUCCGUUGUCAUGAGAACCGAGGAUGGAAUAUGGCUGGAUAUCAAACGGCGGGAGAAGUGAAAGGAUGAUCGGUGUUCAAGCUUGAGCCCUAUAUUUGCCUAUUCAAACAGUUAAAUAGUUCUGGGAUAUUAAACACUGCGCUAGAUCAUGUGUGCUUGUGCACAGCUGCUGGCGUACGGCUAUGGAAACGUUUGUAUUCAGCUAAUUGAAACUAGGUACACUCAUGUUUACAUAUUAAUGAAAACAUUUUGAUAAUUUUGAUGUCAGUUUUGAUGUAAGCAAUGUUUAAUAUGAUUAUUUCUCUUAAGUGUCCAUUGUAUUUUUUCAAAAUGCAAUUUACUAUCGGAUUUUUUACACUGUUUAUCAAAGUCUUUGCUGAAACGGUGCUUGUGAUUUUUACCCAUUUUUUACAUUUAUAAGAUUUUUCUCUCGAAAUAUUAAAUAAAUUUUCAUCUCGCUUAACUCUUGAAUAUCUGCAUACAAAACUUAUUUUUCUUUAUAGGUUCUGUUUAAGAGGAACAUCUUAGGACAACAAUCUAAAAUAUUGAACUGUAAUGUUAGGUGUCUAGGUUCAUAUGUUAAAUUGUUUUGACGAUUUAAAUAAUGCAGACAAAUUAAAUAUCAAUUAAACGAUUAAAUAGAGGAUACUUGUUUGAUUCAGUGAAAGAUAGUAACAUAUUUCACCGAGUGAACACCAAAGGCUAUAUUUCAUGAGUGGCAUAGCUAUGAGUGAAAUAUUUACUUUUGGUGUUCAUGUGGUUAAAUAUAUUCGUUCUUAAACUGAAACCAACAUUUUUUCUUUGCAUUAUGUGUCUAAUUUUUAGAAAAGCGCGCCAAAAUAUAUGCGAUCGUAAUGCCAUUUCUGAAAUUAUUUUGUUGAAAUUGUGCCCCAGUCCGGAGCGCGCUGAUGUUUGUUUUGGAAUCGAUAACGGGCUCAUUUUAAAACAGUGAAAAAUAUUUUAAUGUUAUUUCACUGUUUGAAACAGUAAAAUAUCACAUAUAUUUCACUGGAAAAAAAACUAUAAAUCACGGGAAAGCAUUAUUUUAUAACAAGUCUUAAUCAUCGUGCAAUAGCACUAACACAGGACAAAAUUAAAUGUUACGGGUACGAAGCCACGAGUCAAAUAUUUAUUGCAGUGCUCACUCAUAUCAAUGAAAGACUGAAUACUGUCUUUCGUCCUAUGGCAUCCCAUUCGAUUGCUUUAUUAUCUAUGUCAAAUGUCUCAUUUCUAUUAAACGUUAACAUGGCCUUAUAAUUGCAUCUGACAAAUAACAAACGACGUGUGUUUUGUUGGUAGCAGUAUGCUAUACGGAUAUAUUUGAAACCUUGAAAAAAAACUUCCUUUCAUUCCUUAUUAAAGUAUUCGAAUUACAAGGUUAAAAUAGUUUUCAUUUUCAGUAUUUUUAUUUGCUUAUUACCAUUGUUUACUCUUUGACUCAUUAUUAAAUUGAUUUGAAAGUGUU